AUGAUGCGGUCUAGUGCCGUUGAUACAGAAGACCAGCACAGUCCUGGUUACCGUAAUACUGGCUUCAACCUGGACCUUUCCAGCGUAACAAAAUCGGACAAUACCAGUUGGGACAGAAUUCUGGAACUUUUGAUUUCGCCCGACGGUCAUUAUACCCCUUAUCUCGUUCUCUGUUCAGCAACGCUUGCAGUUGCCCUAGUCCUGCUCCUGCUAUUUGUCCUCCUGCUAGUUGCCAAACGGCGGAGGUCAUUACCUCGUGGAUUAUCCCUAAAAUAUCUUUAUCUCAAAACGGCAGAAAACGUGGAAUUCAUAAAGCUCAACGACUAUAAGUCCUCUCACAAAAGGGAACCAUCCUUCCCCGGAAAGUAUGCUCUGCUCGAUCCCAAACCCCCUACUCGACGUCAAAAGCCUGAACACGUGGAUGUAUCCAGUCUAUCGAUUAGUCAACACUUCAGUUUCCCGCCGUUUACUUGUGUAAAGAAGGCAGCUAUUGUAUCGUAUCUCAGCUUCCGAGUAUUCUAUACUUUCAUUUUCACGUUUUCUGUUGCUCUGUCAAUGCUGUUCAGUCUAUGGCCACCAUAUCUGGAAAGCAGCACUGUUCCGUUGCAUAACCCCUCAUCAGCGCCUCGUGGACAAAUGAGAGGCUUUCCAGAGCCUACAGCGGAACCAAACUACAACUGGGUUAACCAACUACACUUAGCACAGCGAAUAGCCUUCUCAAGGGAGGCAAUGACAGAUGAAGAAUUAUCAGUGCAGGUGAACAGGGCUACCCAGCUUGUCCUUGCCUGUCAGCAACUCGUUAUCACACAAGUUGUGGACGUCGUGCGCGAACUGGAUCACGUGAUUCAAAAACUCCUAGAUGACGAAUUCUCGUUUCCUGAGGCCGGGUCGAAUGACAGCAUGAAGAUGGCAACACUUUCACAGGUUCCACACUCUCUUUUAAAAACGUCGGCAUCGGUCGAAUCGGCGGCAACGCAGAGAAUGACCUCAAAUAUAUUUCAUAUUUUGGACAAAUUUGUAAUGUGCCAAAUGAAUGAAUUCCACCAAGCCAUUCAAGACUACCUAAGACAUCUAAAAACGGAGAUAGAGUACAUCGUGAUGCCCGAUGUUGCCCUCUUUUCGGACAUACUCUCGCGUGUCCACUCGUCGCAGUGGUUGUUGUUUGCAAGGCGAAUGCUCAACUCGACCAACAGCGGGCACGAUAUUGCAGACAGCAUGACACCCUGGUGGAAGCCAGCCGACGCUGCUGACUCAAGAUCGUCCACAAACACCGAAACAAGGAGAUCAAACAUGUCGAAAAUUGACUUUGCACGACAGCUCGGUUUGGCGGAAGCGGAGAAUUUCUUAUGGACGCCGACGAGAAUUGAGAAAGGGUAA